AUGGUAGGUACAGAAGAAAGAGCCAGAUUCUCUCGAACCCAACUUAGCAAGGACAUCGAACUCGCCCUUCAUAACCUCCUAACGAAGAAGAGGGAUACCUUCUCUCCGCCUCGCUCAUCGCCCGCCCAACGCUACUAUGCAUCCUUCAGUCGGCCGCCCAACUGUAGCUGGGACGACGAUAGCGAUAAAUAUGCGGAUGAAGAGUACGGCCGCAAACCACGGUGUCCUAUCCUCGGAAAAACCAUGAAGUUCAAGAUCUGCCAACGCGACCAUCCCGACGGUGAGGCGUGUGCAGAUAGGGUUUGUUUUAUUCCCAACGCCAGCGCGAGGAAGUACAUGCUGGAUUUCAUGACAAAUGGCCCGAGACAAAGUCAGUCUCUCAAUAGGCUGAGACCCAUGGCUUACCGUCUGCUGAGGAGUUCCGACAGCGACAUCCCCUCAAAAAACAUGAAGGCCUUCUCGAGAAUAGUGCUUGAGAUAUUCUCUGAUCUCUAUUACGCGGAUGAUCAGACUUGGGAUCCUGAGGUUCACGGAGUCUUGGAUUGGAAGCAUCGGCCUGUUGAGAAGUGCGUUGACGAUAUCGUGUUCGAGAUCCAUGGGGUUAAGUGGAAGAGAGAUAUGCAGGAGUACUUAUAG